AUGAUUGCAAGAUUUGCGCUAUCAUCAGUAUUUGUAGUUACAGUAUCAUUUAUUUUCUACAAGCAAAGCAAAAGUAGAAAGGAAAUAGAAAUAUUGCGAUCAAUUAAUCGCAGAGCUGAAGCAAGAAAUGUCAGAGCACAAGCAAGAGUUGUCAGAGAACAAGCAAGAUGGGGCAGAAUACUAGCAGGGUAUAAGAGAAAUAGGUCUCAGAUUGCCAGAAACCAAGCAGAAAUUUCAAUUGACAGAGUUAUAGCAGGUACUAUUAGAGAAAAAGAAGAAAUUGGAAAAGAGUAUGAAGAAAUUGAAACCGAGCUAAACGAAAUUACCAGAGAUCUAAAAGAACUUGACACAGAGCAAACAGAAUUGCUCAAAGAGAUACAAGAAAUUAUCCAAGUGGUUGAAGAAAUUGGAACAGAACAUAUAGAAAUUUCAGAAAUUAAAGUAGAAAAUGAUGCAAUGCAAGAAGAAAGGGUAAAAUCAAAAGCUGAUUUUGACGACUUGUUAUCUGAAUUUGCCAGGGAGCAAAAAACAUUAGUCAGAUUGGCACAAGAAAGAGAUACUAGUAUUGCUAAUAAUAUAAGGAUUAUAGAAAUGGCAAAUCUGGUGAGUGAAUUACAAAUGUUCACAGAAUCCGCUGACCAACUCUUAAAUGUUAUCAAAAUUUUCGAUUCCAAAACUAUCAAGAUAUCUUUGACCUACAAGAAAAUCAAAAAUAGAAAGGAACAAGCAACUCUGCUCAGAUUGGAAUCAAACAAUAACAGAGAUAAAUCAAGAAUUGGCAGAGAACAAACAAGAAUUGGAAGAAAACAAACAGAGAAUAAAAGAAUUAAAGCAGAGACUAGGAGAACCCAAGCAGAAACUGACAGCGUCAAUGCAAGGAUAGUCAGAGAGCAAGAAGAAAUUAGAAAAGAGUAUGAAGAAAUUGACACUGAACAAAGAGAAAUGAUCAGAGAUCUAGAAGAACUUGACACAGAACAAUUUCCUCGUGAAGAAAUUGGAAUGGAACAAAUGGAACCAACAAUUAUGGAAGAAUUUUAUGCGUAG